AUGAAAGUAACAUCUCAACAUGCUAAUAGAAAUUUUCAGCCAAGUUGGAAAACUGAAUUUCCAUGGCUUGAAUAUGACACCCAUAAUAAUAGAAUUUUUUGUGUUUUAUGCCAUAAUUAUAAUAAAAAGAAUGUAUUCGUAAUGAAUGGAGUUACAAAUAUUAAACUUUAUGCAAUAAAAGAACAUGCUAAAACUAAAGACCACACUGAUUCAUAUAGAAAAAAUGAAAAGUUAAAUGUACUGCCUGAACAUAUAAAUUUAAUGAAAAUCAUUUAUUGUCUUGCCAAAAAUAAUAUUCCAUUAAAUAAAUUUAAGCCAUUAGCUUAUCUUGGUUAUGCUAUCGAAGCUCCAUAUUUGGUUUCUGAGGAUCAUCUUAUUACAUAUAAAAAUAAUUCCUGUACACGCAAAUUAUUAUCUUCUAUAUCAGUAACAAUUGAAGAAAGUAUUUGGAAAGAACUAAGUCUUGCUACAGCAAUAGGGAUUAUAGUUAAUGAAAGUACAGAUAUUUCUACAAAAUCUUAUAUUAUUAUUUAUGUUAAAUAUCUUAUUAAUG